UCCACCGUUGCCAAUCGUAAAGAUCUCAUUGCCGACCAUCAAAAGGCCAAAGUGACGGCGAAAGAACUAGCAAGGUUGGAGAAACAACGCAAGCUUGCUCAAACUUUACGACUGAAGGCGGAUGCCGAGGAAACGGGUGAAGAUCUGGAGAGGAAGAAAGCUUGGGAGUGGAGUAUUGAGCAGAAUGAGAGAUGGGAAGCUAAGAUGGCUGAUCAGGCUGUGAGAGCGGAUGGGAGAUUUCACAAUGCGGAGGAUGAAGCACACAAACAGUAUAAUCGUAAUGUACGCGUCACUAAACCAGAUCUGGUGGCAUAUGAACGGGCCAAGGAAGCGGCGUUGGGAUUAGCACCUGGAAUGGACACGUUGGCCUAUGGAGACAGUAAGCCUAGUGAGGAUGCAGUGGACCGGGUGGUUGGAAAGAUAAAUAAAGAUCUGGACAAGGGUAAGAGAAAGAAGAAGGAAGAGGAAGACGAGACCGUUACGUAUAUCAACCAGCGCAACAAAGUCUUCAACAAAAAGGUUGCGCGGUAUUUCGACAAAUACACGAAAGAGAUCCGAGCGAGCUUCGAACGGGGUACCGCUCUUUAG